AUGGAACAAGAUUUGGGCGAGAAAUCUACUAUUAAUCAAACAAAUUAUACUGAUAACGCUGCGAAAUAUCUAACAGUUAGUGAAAAGGGUAAAUUUAAAUGGAACGGUCCUUUUGAAGUACUUAAAUUGUUGAUGAACGAAUUGACGAAGAGCGAUACAAAAUGGUCGACACCUGAUGGUUAUUGCAAACUACUUGAAGUAAACGAUAUAGCAGUAAGAUGGUACUCGGACAGUAAUUCGUUAACAUUAAACGGGAAUUCGAGUGAUGAUAUUAAAUUCCAAAUUCGGAAUAUUGCCAGUCUAGCUCAUCCUGAAGCUGUAGCAACUAGCAAGGACUACAAAGAAACAGAGGACGCUGCUGCAGAUAUGGGACACACGGAUGCAUCGGAG